AUUGGCCUAUCGAGGUGACGUCACAGAGCCUGUCUGUAGGGAAGCAGGGUGGCUACUUUCUGCUGCUCUUCCUCACUUUAACUUAAAUUCACUAAUUUUUUAUCAGGAGACGUUUCUUCAGACGACAUUUAACCGACCAGAACGAGAAGCUGCACGUUGUUUCCGCUCCGAAUCGGGAUUUCACCGUCUGAUCUCAUUAACAACCACAGAAGAAGAGGAGGAGGAAGAGCUGGUAAAGCUGAUUCACCAUCACCAGUCAGUUGGACAUGAACUCUGCCCUACUGCUGUAGACUGAGGACAGACAGGAGGACAGACAGGAGGACAGACAGGAGGACAGACAGGAGGACAGACAGGAGGACAGACAGGAAUCAGUUCCAGAUGGGAAACAGCGCACUGAAGUCUCACCUGGAAACCUCCCAGAAGACGGGAGUGUUUCAGCUGAUGGGAAAAGGCCUGCCGGAGUUUCCAGAGGAGCUCCAGAGACUCACGGCCAACCUGAGGACGGUCGAUCUGUCCGGGAACAAGAUCGAGGUUCUUCCCGCCGCCGUCGGGAACUUCCUGCAGCUGAAGAGUCUGACGAUGAACUCCAACAAGCUGACUGCGAUCCCCGCCGAGAUCGGGAAGCUGAAGAAGCUGGAGACCCUGAGUCUGAACGGGAACCGGAUCCAGCAGCUCCCCCCCACUCUGGGCCAGCUCAAAGCCCUGCGGACCCUCAGCCUGGCCGGGAACCAGAUCUCAGAGUUCCCCUCCGGACUGGGAAACCUGAGGCAACUGGACCUGUUGGACCUGUCCCGAAACCAGAUCCACAUCAUCCCUGCAGAGGUGUCUGAGCUGCAGGCCAUCGAGAUCAACCUCAACCAGAACCAGAUCUCGGUGCUGUCGGCGGAGAUCUCCCGGUGUCCCCGUCUGAAGGUUCUCCGUCUGGAGGAGAACUGUCUGGAACUGUCCUCCAUCCCCAAGUCCAUCCUGACCGAGUCCCAGGUGUCUCUGUUCUCCCUGGAGGGAAACCUGUUCGAGGUCAAGAACCUCCGAGACCUGGACGGAUACGACAAGUACAUGGAGCGAUUCACAGCCACCAAGAAGAAGUUUGCUUGAAGACCCCCCCAUGAUGAGUCCAGACCUACAAGUCCAGUUGGAGGCGGAGUCACGUCAAGCCCCGCCUCCUCCCCGCACCACUCACAGCUGCUUCUUCUUCUGCUGCUAAAACCAGACUCCAGACCGCCAGGACAGUCCUCCACAAAGACCUGGACCUGCAGAGACCACGUGGGUCCACAUGGAGACAGGCAGAGACUCCGACAAGUUCAGCACCACAGAAGAAGAAGGAGGCUUCACUAAAACUUUAUCGUUCACUCCACGGUGGACGGAAACAUUCAGCUCUCACAGCAGCUUCCAUCCAGCAGAAACGACGUCGGACCGGACUGUUCAUACACAGAAAUACGGCAAAAUACUUAAGAAGUCACAGAAAUACUGCAAAACUACUUCAGAAAAUACACAAAAUAUUACAAAAAAUAGUAAUGAAAUACAACAACGGAAAUAAAACACCAUUUUGCCAAGUACCACACAAAUUAAACAGGUCUGACCUUUCACAGAUAAUGCUGCAAAAAUACUUAAAACAUAAAACAAAAAUGCACAGAUAUAAAAUAGAAAACUGCUAAAUACUGUAGAAAUUAAAGAAUGUACUUCCAUAAUGCAAAAUCCACAGAAAUCAAGCAGCAUGCUGCAAAAUACUACAAAAAUCAAAUAAAUACAACAAAAAUUAUGUCAAACAUUUCAAAUACUUACAGAAUGCUGCAAAGAAUGCUUCAAAAUGCCACAGAAAUAUAAUAAAAAUCUUCAAAAUUCCACAAAAAUGUGCCGAAAAUCAAAUGAAAUGCUCCCAAAAAUCGAACUAAAUACAACAAAAGUUAAGUAAAAUAUUGCAAAAUACUUCAGAAAUCUGUUAAAAUAUUUAACACAAGGGUAGAAAUCUGAUUAGAGGACUUGUUUUAAAGAUGAUUCUGAUUGACUUUAGAUUAAUCUGUUGAUUCUUGAUUCUGUGGUUAUGUCUUCCAGCCCCUGUCUGAGCUUUUAUUGAACUCUCCGGUAGAAUAUUCCGUUAACGCGUCUUUUAAUAAAUAUUUUGAUGUUAUUUAUCGUUUUUAAAGCUGCAUGAGAGCUGUAGAUUCAUCCUCUGCUUCUCCAGGCUAAUUAUUGAUCUUUGAUUGUUAUUAACUGUCAGACAACGUUCAUCUGUUUAAAUACGACGACGGCUCUGCUAAGCUAGGCUAGUUAGCAUUUAGCAGCUAGCUUUGUCUGUUACUGUCUUUUAAUCUGCUCCAAUUUCAGAUUCUUUCUAUUUUAUGUGAAUACAUUCUUCAGGACAAAGUGACUAAAUUACCGGUAGCUAAGCUAACAGCUAGCCACAGCUAGCCUGGGUGCGACGUAGCACUGUUCACUGCUGUUGAGAUGAUUUGCUGCAGUUUGUUUGUUUACUUGAAGGUUUUUUUUGUUUUCCUCAGUAUUUCUUUCUUCCUGUUCCUGACUAACUGAGCGACUGUUCUGUAAAAACGGAUCUUUAGUGAAUGAAGUCUGGUGGACUGAAGAGAACCUCAGGUUGAUGGAAACUCAUCAAAUUUUAAAAAUUACUUCAAAAUAUUACAGAAUGCUUUAAAAUACCACACACAUCAGAGAGAAAUCAAACAAAAUAGAAAUUACAAUGUAAUCUGUUGAACCUGAACGAUUUUAAUCUGCUGGAUGCAGGAAAGUAACAUAAUUAAAAAUGAAUUUAUUCAUAAAUGUUCACGUAACAGUGUUUAAAUACGACGGUGGCUCUGCUAAGCUAAACUAAUUAGCAUUGAGGAGCUAGCUUGGUCUGCUGCUGUGUUUUAAUCUGCUCCAAUUUCAUAUUCUUAUAUAUGUAAAUAAACUCUUCAAGACAAAGUGGCCAUAUUAGCGGUGCUAAGCUAACAGCUAGCCUCAGCUAGCCUGUGUGUUAUGUAGCACUGUUCACUGCUGUUGAGACAUUUUCCUGCAGUUUGUUUGUUUACUUGAAGGGGUUUUUUUCAGUUUUCCUCAGCAUUUCUUUCUUUCUUCCUGUUCCUGACUGUUCUGUAAAAACUGAUCUUUUGUUAAUGAAGUCUGGUGGACUGAAGGAACCUCAGGUUAAAGGAAACUCAUCUGAAAUCUACUUUAUUCUUUUUAAAAUGGUGACUUCAACUACAAUGUAAUCAAAUAUUUAAAAAAAUACUUCAGACAUAUUACAGAAUGAUUCAAAAUACCACAGAAAUUUAAUGAAACUCUCAAAAUACCACAAAAAUCUGACAGAAAUCAAACUAAAUACAAUCUAAGUGUUAAAUACAACGGCGGCUCUGCUAAGCUAGGCUAGUUAGCAUUUAGCAGCUAGAUUUGUCUGCUGCUGUGUUUUAUUCUGCUCUGAUUUCAGAUUCUAAUUUAUGUGAAUAAACUCUUCAGGACAAAGUGGCAAAAUUAGCUGUAGCUAAGCUAACAGCUAGCCUCAGCAGCCUGAGUGCUAACAUAGCACUGUUCACUGAUGUUGAGACAUUUUCCUGCAGUUUGUUUGAAGGUUAUUUCCUCAGUAUUUCUUUCUUUUCUUGACAAACUGAGCGACUGUUCUGUAAAAAUGGAUCUUCUGUGGACUGAAGGAACGUCAGAUUGAUGGAAACUCAUCUGAAAUCUUCUGUAUUCGUCCUUAAAUGGUGACUUCAUGAGUUAUUGACAUUAAUUUUUUAACACAGUUUCCUUCCUGCUGCUUAUUUUUCCUGUUUUGAACUGAAGUUUCACAACAGUUUUUCUGCUUUUCUUCUUCUUCAGUCACUUUAAUCGCUGUAAAUGUUGCACAGAGUUCAGUUUGCAGACGAAGGAUCAGAACUUCAGUAUUUUUUUCCCCGUUAUUAUUAUUAAACACUAACUCUGCAUGUUGAAAUGUUCAGAUGUGGAGCUUCGCCUUUAUUUAAUUCUCUUUAAAAGAACUUUAAUAUUCUGCUGAUGAGCUUUUUAUGAAGUUGUGACUAAAAAUGUAAAUAUUUACAAUAAACUGCACAUUUUUCAUCCCAGUAACCUGAAACGGACGCUGUCAGAUCCACGUUUUAUUAAAAUAAAUAAAAAUUAAAUAAUAAAAUGAAAUAAACACCAAA